CAAAACAUGGGUCAGAACGAGCGCUAAAUGCGCAUGAAAAGUCGGUUUUUAAUGUUUUGCGGGCGCGAGGGAGACCUCCAAAGCAAGCCCGCAUUGUGAAUCAUGAACGCUUUGAACCUCUACCUAGAAGCGUGCCGAAAAGUGUUCGAAUCGGACCCCGAAGACCACAGUGCCUGGGCUGACAUAUAUCGCCUGCUGUCUCUGCUUAGGCAGGCACUUGCGUGCAGUGUGUGUUCCGAUCUCCUGGUCGUCCCGAUGUCUUCGUCUUCGUCCAAGUGUCGGCACGCGGUGUGCAAGGGGUGCGUAGGUCAGACAAUGCGGCUGAGCGCACCCUGCGUCGACUGCAACAACAACACGUCCGCUUUCACCGAGAACCUGCAGCUACGCAUUGUGCUACAGUGCUACAAAAAGAUCUGCCGCUACCUGAGUGCGCCAAGUUUUCAGAGGAAGUGGGGUAGUCUGAAUGGUGGUACAAAUAUUACUUUCAGGGACAUUGUCGUCGAAGGAUCGCGCCUGGCCGAUAACUAUCGGCACGCCGAGCCAACUUCGACUAGCCUACCGUCGACGUCGUCCGCAGUGCCUUCCUUGGCAGCUUCGUCUUCUUUUUCUCCGUCUUUAUCAUCACCGUGUGUAGCAGCAGCAUCCACAACCGUACCUACCCAAGCAUCGCGUGUUGUGAAUCGGACUUCGGCCGUAGCCGCGGCCGCGGUUACGAAAAGUGUGAACGGUGACAGGACGCGUCGCGCUGCUGUGCUGCUCAAUGGAGAUGCAAUGGCACUAGCGCACGAUCGUGCCAUUUCGGCGCCGUACAAGCUCAUAAAGGUGCCCGCAGUACUGGAGAUCAGCCGAUCCGGUUCAGAUUCGACGUCAGCAUCAGAGUGCGGCAGCCCUUCGGCAGCGGCACCCCCGACGCCAACCACCGUGCUGCAUUACCAGCGGCCAGUGACAUCGGCGGCACGCAGGGGCUGUCGAUGUGGCGCGGCGAGCCUGAAUCCGGGCAAGCUGACGUGCUGCGGCCAGCGGUGUCCUUGCUACGUGGCCGGCGCCAGCUGCAAGACGUGUCGCUGCAAAGGGUGCCGCAACCCGGUCGACAAGAUCACCCAGCUCUGGGGCGAGGCUCUGCAAGUGGGCAGCGGCCACGAUGCCGUCAAGGCGGGAGCCGACGGCAAGCCGUCCUCCGAGCCACGGACACACGUGGUGCACAUCGUGCAGGUGGACGAGUGACGCAACGCCAGCAUGUGCAUGGACCAUCUGUGUAUUAUCGUGUUUCUGUUUCAUCACAUCUUCAUUCAGGCCAUCAGCACUGUGGGUCUACCUGUCCGAGGACAAUGUGACGAAGGGCCUUCCUGGAGAAGGUGUACAUGCUGUGGUAUACAUUAGUGGCAGACCCAGUGGACUCUAGCAUGGCAACGACCUACUGGCUGAACACCGCGGGCGGUUUUCGCCAUUGGCUGCUUUGCAUGCGUCAUCACGUCUUGCAGGUCUCGAGGGCGUUGUUAGGACGCCAGUCGACAGUCUUGGUUUCAGGCUUUUGGCUGGCAGGCAUUUAAGGGCUGUCGCAUGCUUGACAGUAGCCGUGACAUAUUGACAUAAAGGUUGCGGAAUAAGGGCACCACGGUUGCAGACUGCAAAUAUAGAAAGUGCGGUGUGACAUUUCUUAUUGCCUUUUCAGACAUCCGUACAUGAAUUUUCAGCUGUGAGACACAUAAACGUAACACAGUGCACUAAAAUAUUUUUUCAUUUAUAGCAAUGACAAGAUUCUGUCGUAGCAAAAAGCCAUUCCUUGAAAUUCUAAGUUUCUGUAAGGCUCUGAUAUAUCUGUUUAUUUUCUGCGUGGAAAAUAUUUUUUACUUCACUCACAGUUUAUGACCAUAAUACUGAUUUCAGAUGCGUAAUGCUGAUAUAGAGGAAGUAACUGUAACCACAUUUUGUUACACACAGUAACUACUUUAACAUUUUAAUUUUGCUAGAUCUGGUUACAGUAUAUGAUUUCUGUGUGCCUUGUAGGUACCGACAAUCCGAUUCUGCUCCCUGACUUUUAAAGCGAUUGCUUUGUAACUAAAAAAAAGUUUGUGAAAGGAAUGCCUGGUAGGUAAAGCUUGUAUUUCUUGUAGAAUAAAGCACAGCAUGGCAGUCUGUAUUCGUGGUACCUCAUCUUUCACACCUAUGUCAUGUGCCUUGUGGUAUGUUUUGACUAAGCGUGGUACUCCUGAUGGCCUCUUUGUGCUUACUCUGUGUCAAGCUCAGGUUUCUUAACUAUGCUUGUUGCAGUGAGCUGCUAGUCUGCAGUCAAAUUACAGCCCAGAUGCCUGCUGAUCGAAGCAAUAAUUCCAUUUUUCAGGCCACUUCGCAAAACAGAAUAUUUUGUGCCAAAGGGAGUGUAAGUUGAGAGACUGCUCUUGGUUUGUCUACUCGAAGAUGUUAAUAAGCGUUUGUCAGUAUUCUGUGUUGCAAAGCUUUGUAAAGGCCCAGGAAGAAAGCAUGUCUAGCAAAAGAACAAUUGUGGGCUUGAGCCAAAAUGUAGACACUGUCAGUGUUGUGCUUAGAUGAUGAACUGUUUGGCAGCAUGUUUUAAACAACCUAUGAAUGACAACUACAGCUUGAUGUUCCUGAGUUACAUUGUACUGUUCCUUGUUUUCUCCUGGUGCCUGUUCUAUUGUGUUCAGAUGUUGGUAUGCCUUACUUGAGGUGCAAGAUGGGCCGGAAGUUUGAUAAUCAUUUAACAUCCAUAAAACAUUUUUAUAUGCUUUAGUCUGUCACGUUUUGAGGAGGGCAGCACUUUGAAGCAAGCAGUGCUGACUUUGGAUCACUGCCUUAGACCAUGAGAUCAAGAUUCACUUGUUGCACAUCGUAUGAAUUUCAUCAUCACAGAGGAAACACAAUACGAAAUAAAGAUUAAUGCUUAGCUUUACACUCUGCACUCUUUUAAUAUCUCAAUCAAGUAGGCAUUCAUCAUAUUGCAAGUUUUGCACUGCCAAGAAAAAACAUGCCACUAUGUCAAAUAAUGGGCCAGCCAUGACAGAUCUUACUAUGUGAACAAGUUUGUUGAGCGCUGAAUAAUUGUAUAAGAUGUCGUUCAGCAUUGCACUAAGUUGGAAGACAAUUUCUCAACAUAUUGCAUAUAUGGUUGAGUUACUUAAUCUAGCAAACAUUGCUACAUUUUCUUUUAAGAACCUUGGUUGCACCACUGGUAAAACUUCUGCCCACGCUUUUUGUUCUAUACCUUUAAUACACGCUUUUCCUUUGGUAUCAAUGUUCUAUUGGUAAAUAUACAUUGACUGAAGCUCUGGCAUUGUUGCAUCAUCAUUAACAUAGCCCUGUCAGAAGGAGGUUAUCUUCCUGUUUCUUUUUUUAGCCUUGUCUUUGCACAGGGUGUUACUAAGAGCAAGAAAGCAAAGUAGUUUGUAUAUUUAAUGAUUGCUUUACUAACUGAGGUGUCAGUUAUAACAAGCUCAAGGAAAUAGAAAUGCAAAAGGAAAUGUAAUUCUAGAUGGUUUUCAGGGGAAACACGGGAAAUGCAGGAGUUGGAAACUGAAGACGAUGCGCAACACAAGAACAAGGUGAGAGCAGGAGCCAAUGUUUUGACAAGUGGACUUGUCUUUUUCAAGGCUAGAAAAAGACAAGUCCACUUGUCAAAACAUUGGCUCCUGCUCUUAACUUGUUCUUGUGUUGCUCAUAGUUGCUUUUCAGUAUCAGUUCCAUGUCUUUUCAGUGCAUUUUACUGAGGUUCUUUGAUGAACGCUGACACAAAUGCCCUUAAGGUUAAGGUUAAGUACUAUGGUUCUUGUUAAGAAAUUAUACAGAGUCCUUAUUUUCAUUUUGCAGAAUCAGCUGUUAAAGUACAUGAUGUAUGUGUCAGUGUUUCGCAAUUGCUGUAAUGCAUUGGCCCACGGCAUCUAUACUCAGUGGUAGAUCUAAUAGAUCAUUCACAUUGCUUCAGUUUUUAUGCAAGUUGUGCUGGCUAUCAUUUCAACAAGGUGGCAGUACCUUGCUUUGCAAUAUCUUUGAUCAUAUAUAUAGUUAAUCUAGAUGUUGUUUGUUGCCUUACCAAGAACAAAGAUUUUGUUUUAAUAUUGUUGAAAUUUAAAAGGUAAUUUUUUUGUUACUUUCUGUAUUGCACUUUCUUGGCAGACAUACCAUAUAUUUUCAUUGUGUGCAGAGACAUGUCAGAACAUGCUGUAGUGACUGCUGUUUAAACAGACCCAGCAACUUACACAAGUGCAUGCGCUGAUAGAAGGAGAAGCUCAUGAAUUAAGCAUGGGAUUGUGUGCCCACGGGGUACUGGCAGUCUAAGAGCAAGAAAGUAAUCCAUACUAGAAAAGUAAAUCUUAUUCACACUACGAUAACUUAAUGAUCUUUCGCAGAAAUGGAACAUGUACCAAGUUUCAGCUGCAUGGUCUGGAAUUUGUAAAUUUGUACUCAUUAGGGAAAUGCUGAAUUUCAUAAACUACUCAGAGUGUUGGCUUAUACCCUCUGCAGAUGCCUCUGCUCUUAGAAAACACCUCCAGAUCGAAGCACCAUUUGUGAUCUCACUUUUGCCCCAUCUUGCACCUGCAUUGCAACAUGCGUGCAUUGUGACGUAUCAACAAUAACCGGUUGAGGAGAGAAGGUUUGAGUCAAUUAGCCGCUGGCUGCACAGAUGAACAUAGGUACGAAACGAAUUGUACCGAGUGAGAUGCAAGUUAUGCACACUUCAAAUCCUGAUUUUCUUGGUGUGAGCUGCUUGCCGGGAUUUCACAGCUCCCUGUAUAGUUAUCGCUCUCUUGCAUGUGUAAAUAUCGUGUACAUAUAUACAUACUUCAUAUAUGCAAAUUUCGCCUGUAACUGCGGUGAAUUACCAGCGACAUAUUUUUACAAAGAUAAAUAAGAAUAAGGUUUAAUAAAGGUCGCACACUAUGGGCCAAAACAAUGCCUCUGAUUGUGACAGCACAAGGCUGUCUUCAUUUUUUUGUCACGAGAGAGUUUUCAAUGUUUGGUUUGUUUCUCACUGAACUGCUGGACUCCUGUGAACGGCCUGUGGUGGAAUGCAGAACCGUUCUGCUUCUUGGAUACUGACUGCCUUUUGUAUGUGUACAGUAUUGAGAUCUCUUCUGAUUUCUGUUCCUUCUUAGAAACUGGUUUUUUAUUUCUUUCUGCCAUUUCCUGAGCAGCGCCAUGGUUAUUCAUUUCUGACCGUUGCUGUGAUUAUAUGCUCAAUAAUCUAGCUCUGCUUCUGCCACAAAUAGUCAGAAAAUAUGUAUAUGUGUCUUGGCUGUUUGGCAUUGUGUGCAUUGCUUUUCUUAAUAGUUAAGCUCAAACAGCAGAUUUAGUUUAAGUAGUGCAGAGCAGCUAGGUACCCUAGUAUUUGCAUGUACAGUUGACUAAUUUUUCUCUGAGAAUUGAAUACAAGCAGUCACAUGUUUACACAAACAUUCUCAACACUUCAUCUGCAAUCCAUUGGUUUCAUAAGUUAUCCGCAGUAUUCUUGCCGAAAUGGUGCAGGAUAUAUAAGGAAUCAUUAUCGAUUCCUUAGGAAUAGCACAGAAUUUCUAUGGAAUUAAUAGUCGGCACUACAUUGGAAACAUCUCAGUAGAGGUAUGCCCGCCUACAGCUUUCAUAGGCUUUUGGAUAUUGAAGACAUGCGUGACAUUCAAUGCUUGUCAAAAGUAUCUGGGGAACUGUAGGCAUAACAAUACUUCCCCGAUGCUCCAGAGAUUUAGGCAGAAUUAUGCUCAUGCUUUAAGGGUUUCUGAACUCGGGGUAUCUAUUGAUCUUCCGGUAACUCAUGCUCAAUGGCUUGUGCAUUCUUGAUUGACCAAGUAUUUAUGUAGAUCCUCGUGAGCCUGGCUACAAGAAGGUGCAGUAUGUGCAGCCAUACACAAAAGCCAUAUGGCAAGGAAAGAUUUCUAAGUGACUUCGUGAUCCCUCUAAAUCAAGGCCGUCUUGUGGCCAGCAUGAAGUGCUUUCUCGAAAAAGGGCCCUACGGUGAUGAUCCCAACGUUGACUGCCUAAUGUGUGGAUGCGAAGAGAGCAUUUGCGAUGCCGCACUUUCAGAAUCACGGCGUGAACCUGUGCUUGUAGCAGCGGCAAUGGCUGCACAAAGCAAUUCCCAAACCCUGAAUGCAUGUCGACUACGAAAGCGGUGACACACUGAUGCAAUGUCCAUUUGAAUGUGGGAGUUCAUAGAGCCACCACCAAGGUAUGCGGUGUCCUUCCAGCCGAGCUAAUUAACUAAGGCACGGUGUUAUGGUCAAAACUGUAGGCGAGCGCCUUACAGACUCCCCCGAUAUUGCAAGAGCGUUAAACGUGAUCAAGCAACACUGUGAGAACAACUAUCAAACGCACACGCAGAGCUUCCAUGUGUAGCGGAACCGACCGAGUGGUCUUUAUUGCUGCGUAAUCGUUGGAUCCUGAACAGCGAUACAAUGCAAUCGCAACGGCAGACUAUGAAUAACCGUGGCGUUCGCCUCGUGUGGUUUGAUUUCUCUGUCUUGUUCAUAUGCGGUACGGUGUUCACGAUGAUAGGGUAGUGGUCCUGGGUUAAUUGCACGAACUUUGUCGUAGGGCGCACUGUCGCGCCUACCCUUUUUCUGUACUCUGUCGCCAGACCGCGUGAGAAGUGCGACUGAAUGUGGUCUCGGCGUACUUUAAUGUAGGUGUGUCCAUUGCUGACCGCUGAAAAGUGAGAGCUCUUUCUAGUUUGGAUUCGGGCCCACGAAUCGAGAAAAUGCCCGCGCCUCUGACUGAAUUGUUUUUUUUUUCUCACAUCUUUUUUUUGUUAGAUAAUGUCGUUAUUUGGUGAAGGCGCUAGCCGUGUAGACAAAGUAACAUGCAGAUUGAUUAAGUUUUUUGAAAAAUAAUUCUCGAUUGCGUAGUCGUUACUAUAUGUUGUGAAUUGGCUUGGCUACACACGUGGGAAGACAGCACUGUAAUUAUUCUCUUGGGAAUGAAUUGAAAAUCUCGUUUGCUCGACACAUGUACACUUCAUCCACGUAAAGCCGAGUGGGCGUUGAGAAGAUCUCUAUAUCAUAUAAAUUUCAUUCUUAUUUGACUUCGUUUAAUAGCGUACCAGCUCUCGUGUACAAACGAUGCAGAGUUGUUCCGCGGUGAUCUUGUUUCGAAAAAGCGAAGAGAUGACGAAAUUGGCAUUCUCGUACUGCUGCACUUGCCGUGAAAUCAUCUGAAAGAAACGGGACGCGCAAGAAAUUAGUGUAACGAUUAACCCGUAGUCAAUUUGUGAGGCUCGCGUUGCGAAACGUGCCCGUUUUGUUGGAUCAUGGUAAAAUAUUUGGCUAUGCAUGGUUUACAAAUAGCCUUACGAUUUUCUUUCGUUCUCCUUGUUACUCUUAACUAGUUCGCAUCGAACAAAUAAUCAUUCGUCUACACUUGUUAUUUAUUGUUUGUUAAUACAAGGGAACGCUCUCUUAAGAUGAACGGCCAUUUUGGCCAUGAAAUAAACGCAGUCCGUUGCAGGCGCGGUCAUUUCUCGAGGUGGUUGUUGCCCGACGGAUAGCGGAACUUGAGCAAUUUUUUGUCUUCGUAAUGAGCUCCUCCUUUCUGGGCAGACUGGCAUGAGAUUUUCGUCUUCUUUUUCACGAUUUUUAUGUUUUUUUUUUUUCAACAAUCAUUACAAUCUCUUUCGGGGACCUGCUAGUUUUAUCGUGUGGCAUUUUGUCCUUGUGGCGGAGAGAAUGCCUCAUCUGAUAUUUAAAAGACUCGUGAUUGUAGGAGUGUGUCUUUGUUCUCUCUCUCCUCCCUUUUUUUUUUUUUUGAUGUUCGAUGCCAAACCAACUUUGAAGUUGGAGUGCAACUACGCACAGGUUCUCAGUGACGACCUGAACAUUAAUUUCUGUUAACACAGAGAAUAAAGUUUUAAUGCAUUGAGUGUCUGUGUUUUGAUUGCAUUUUAUACGAGUUACCUGUUGGCAUUUUCAUGGGAGCUUCUUCGUUUGUUUUCUUGAAGGAGUGCUGACACAUACUUUCGAAGUUGUACACAAACACUACCACGGGCACUUCCCGCACGUAAAAAGGCAACAUUUCGCAAGUACGAGGUUGUGGGACACUUAUAAGAUAUAUUACUUUGAUAAUAAUUUAAUAAGGUUAUCUCGAGGUGCCUGACUUGGUGUCAUAGACAUCACCC